GUUACGGUGGCAGCAUCGAGAGUAAGAUGCUGUGCAUAACGCAGAGUGUAGUGUUUGUUGUUGUUGCAUUGCUGUUGAAUCGAUUCAGCAAUGGUGAUCGAACGUUCAUGGCGUACAUGGAGAACGAAUUGAACAGGAAGCAAACGAUGAUGCCCAAUGUACGCGAAUCGUUAGAUGAUUGUCAUAUGCGAUACUACAAACACAGUCCGGUGGAAAGUUCUUAUCCCGUCUUUCAAAGGCCGCAUCAAAAGAUGAGUGAUUUUCCUCAUCUCGGCCGUAUUGGUUGGACCGGUAUCGAUGGAACAGUCCGUUGGAACUGUAGUGGAACGCUGGUGUGGGAAAACUUCAUACUAACAUCAGCUCGUUGUACAACGGAUGGCAACUCCAUGGCUCCAGAUGUGGUGAGAUUGGGUGCUUCUGGUGAGAUGCAGGAGAUAAAGAUCGCGGAAGCUGUACGCCAUCCCGAGUAUAGAGAGGGAAUUACGCAGCACGACAUUGCACUGUUACGUUUGCAGUCAAAAGUGGAUUUGGGCUCUACAGUUGUUCCGGCAUGUCUUUGGAACAAUGAAGACCUGAAGUUUCACGCUAUGACCUUGGCUCAUGGAUGGCGCUAUGGAUGGAGUGGCUCAGAUGCAUCAGACGUUGUUAAAGCUCAAGUCCAACCCACACUCGAUGGUUGUGAUCGUAUGCUAAGUACGGAUCUGUGUGUUGAAAGUACUGAAUUGGGUUCAUGUUUGGACGGUGGCUCUCUUCAGGUACCAUUAAAUCACAAUGGAAAGGUAACUCCAUUUGUCGUUGCGAUUGGUGCACCAUCGAAUGCAUCGUGCCAAAAAUCGACUCCCUACACAAAGGUUUCGUCCUAUGUUCAGUGGAUUGUUUCUACAAUUCAAGCUAGUGGCGAGCCAGCAUGGGAGUGGAAAUUUAAAGAAGCCGAAUGUGCUCUGCGUUACGUCCAUCUAAGGCAGUACCAGAAACAAGUGUUGAUCGAUCAGACGGACACCUUUGACGUGGUAACACCGGCCAGAAGGCGUUUGGAGCCACGAUACACCGAUGCGAUGGUUGAGAUUGGUUACGGAGCCUAUUCAGUGAGCCGGGAAGACUGUUAUGGGUUGAUCAUAGAUGAGGAUACCGUGCUAACGCUGGCCCAGUGCACCACAAACCAUGGGAAACGGGCCACGUUUGUAAUGUACAUGGGAAAUGAGCGCAAUACCGUGGUGAAACAUUACAACCAUCCUGGAUACCGUGAGGGACAGUAUUACAACAACAUUGGACUGUUGAAGGUGAGAACCCGUUUCGUGUUCUUUAGAUCUUUCGUCCCGUUUUGUAUAUGGCAUGAGAAUGAUCUGGCAGACAGCAUUGUUGAGCUGACCGGGCACGGAAGGCGUGAUCUUAAUUACUUUAGUCUACACAAUGCAUCGGUGGACGUGUUUGAACCACAAAAUUUCCAGCUGAUAGCGCGCGCCAAUGUGCUUCCCAUAAAUAAAUGUUCUUAUCUGGAAGAGUUUUCAAAGAAUCUAUCGAACGGUUUGACCGAAGAGCAUCUGUGCUAUGGCAAUGAAGCCUAUCUGGUGCCUGAAACAUGUCAACAAGCAGCCGGUGGACCAAUCGGAGGGAAGAAGUUCAAGUUCAACAAGCAGUUCCGCUAUGCGUACGCACUGAACUCAUUCGGGCGCGACUGUGGCUUUGGUCGCGCUGCAGUUGGUGUACGCUUGUCGAGCCACAUUGGCUGGUUGCAAUCAGUCCUGCUCCCCGACUACAGGAAAGACAGUGGAUCGGUUCACUUCCUACAUUCGGAGUUGGAGGAGAAUGAUACUUGCCGGCAUGUGGACGGUGCGGAAGGGCUGUGUGUGGAGGCUACCAGAUGCCCCAAGAUUCGAUACGAUUUCUCUGUCAACCGACGGGUGGUCUUUUGUCAGACGUCAACCGUUGUUUGCUGUCCGUAUGAGAAUAUGGUGAACGAAACGACUGCCAGUGAUCGGGAGUUGGAUGAGUGUGCGGAUCGCAUCAAGGCGAGUAGUGGAAGCACGAAUGAAGCGUUGUUUGAAACGGGUUUUAUUCCAGAACCACAUCUUGUUGAAGUCGGUUGGCGUGGAAAUGUAGAUGCUAAAGCCCAGUGGAGUUGUAGAGGAACACUCAUAACCUCGAGCGAUAAAUCCGGCAUGUCUUUGGAAGAAUCAAACUCAUACGCCGUUCGAAAUGAUUCAGCCUGUGAUAAAUGGCUCAACUGAUUCGUAUGUCUAUCCUACAGCUAUGUACAAUAGAGACUGUGAGGCGCUGGAGGAAGGUCUUAGCUCCAACCAGCUGUGUGUUGAUGUGCAGCCACACGAUACGAAAGUAUCCCUGGGAGAUCCUCUGUUUUGGUCGGAAGUGAUGGAUGAUGGCACGCGGGUGCAGUAUUUGGUGGGAAUCAUGAGUCACGUGACCGCCGGCGAUCGCACAGUGCACGUUCACAGCCGUAUAUCGUCGUAUGUGGGGUGGAUCAAAAGUGUUCUAUAGGAUAUAAAAAAAAACUUCCAUCAUAAUGAGUCUGUAUUCUAAAAGAGGUUGAUUUGUGGCUAAUGAUUAAUAAGACAAACGAAGCUUAAAUAAAAAUACUCCAACAAAACCAGUUAUUUCUUU